GGGUACAGAGAUCGAGCAUACAGUAUGGAACGUUGGCAUAAUCGCGUUGCUGUUGUCACUGGCGCCAGUUCGGGCAUUGGCUCGGCCAUUGUUGUUGAUCUGGUGAAUGCGGGUCUGGUCGUUGUGGGUCUGGCGCGUCGCUUGGAGCGCAUCAAGGAGCUGCAAAAGUCAUUGCCAGCGGAGCGGCAGCACAAGCUAAUUCCGCUGCAUUGCGAUGUGGGCGACGAGAAGUCCGUGCAGCAGGCAUUCGAUACGAUUGAGCAGCAAUUGGGCGGCAUCGAUAUAUUGGUGAACAAUGCGGGCACAUUGCAAAAGGGACAUCUGGUGGACAUGUCGCUGGCGCAGCUGCAGCUGACGGUGCAAACGAACAUUAUGGGCGUCAUCAUGUGCACCCAGCGCGCCUUCCGCUCCAUGCAGCAGCGCAAGUUCGAUGGCCAUGUGGUGCUCAUCAACAGCAUUCUGGGCCACAAGCUGUUCGCACCCAGCGCCGACGAGGCGCCCACCAUGAAUGUCUAUCCGGCCAGCAAGCAUGCGGUCACGGCUCUAACCGAAAUGUAUCGCCAGGAGUUUCUGGGCCUCAAGACACGCAUCAAGGUCACCAGCAUUAGUCCCGGCGUUGUCGAUACGGAAAUAGUGCCGGAUAAUUUCCGCGCAGCCUUUGCCAACACUAUGCUCCGAUCUGAGGAUAUAUCGCAGGCGGUGCUCUUUGCCAUUGCCACGCCCCCACAUAUGCAGAUACAUGAGAUGAUUAUAAAGCCCGUGGGUGAGCUGCUCUAAGGCUAAGGCCACGCCUUUUUCCUUUUCCUUUUUUUUUUGUUUUUUUUUUUUGCAUAAACUG